AGCUGCGUUGCUUAACCUAUUGCCUAUGUAUUAAAAUUCGAUCGUCUCCUUCCUCAACAUCAAUCUGCUACGCUUCAUUUUCUUCAAAAACUCAUCAAGAAGACAUGGACGUCUUCUUCUCUUAUCUCCUUCAUCUUGCAGUCUUCUUCAUCUCUCUAUCUCUCAUCUUUCUUCUCUACAAACAGAAGCCUUCAGCCUCCCAUGGCGACAACCUUCCACCUGGUAACAAAGGGUGGCCAUUUGUCGGUGAAAGUUUGGAAUACCUCAAGGUUGGACGGCGGGGAGAGCCUGAGAAAUUCAUUAAAGAUAGAGUAAGCAAGUACUCGCCGGACGUUUUCCAAACCUCGUUGCUCGGAGAAAGAAUUGCUGUCUUCUGUGGAGCUUCAGGAAACAAGUUGUUAUUUACAAGUGAGAAAAAGUAUGUGACUGCAUGGUGGCCUCGUUCAUUAAUGAAAGUGCUGUUCCAGGAUUCUCUUCAACUUUCAUUGAAAGAAGAAUCAACAAGAAUACGUAGAUUAUUGCCUGAAAUUCUUAAAACUGAAGCUCUGCAACAUCACAUUCCUGUAAUGGAUUCCAUGGCAAGAGAACACCUGAAGAAAGAUUGGUAUCCUUAUAAACAAGUGAAGAUCUUCCCACUUUCAAAGAAGUACACAUUUGCAUUAGCUUGCAGAUUGUUUCUGAGCAUCAAAGAUCCAAAUCAGGUUACCAAAUUUGCUGAUCCUUUUGCUCUUGUAACUUCUGGGAUGAUGUCAGUGCCCAUGAAUUUUCCAGGUACAGCUUAUAACAGAGCUAUUAAAGGAAGCAAAUUCAUACUUAAUGAGCUUUUAGUGAUGAUCCAGCAGAGAAAAAUGGAGAUGUUGGAGAAGAAAGAGACAGCUUAUGCAGAUUUGUUAAAUCGUAUGCUUCUUGCAAAAGAUGAGAAUGGAAGGCCAUUGAUGAGCGAGAUUGAAAUAGCUAAUCGGAUAAUGGCACUUCUUAUUGCUAGUCACGAUACAAUAAGUACCACUAUAACAUUUACUCUCAAGAAUCUUGUGGAGCACCCACACGUCUAUACUAAAGUCCUCAAUGAACAAAUGGAGAUUGCAAAGUCUAAGGCUCCAGAAGAGUUGCUGAACUGGGAAGACGUUCAGAAGAUGAAAUAUUCAUGGUGUGUCGCUUGUGAGACAAUGAGGCUACUACCACCUUCUCCAGGAGGAUUCAGAGAGGCUAUAACUGACUUUACUUAUGCAGGUUUCACCAUUCCAAAGGGCUGGAAGGCUCACUGGACAGUGUAUUCAACCCACAAAAAUCCGAAAUAUUUUCCAAAUCCAGAAAAAUUUGAUCCUUCAAGAUUUGAAGGAGAUGGACCUGCACCAUACACUUUUGUCCCAUUUGGAGGAGGACCUCUCAUGUGUCCUGGAAAAGAAUAUGCUAGAUUAGAGAUUCUUAUUUUCAUGCAUAAUGUGGUGACCAAGUUCAAAUGGAAGAAAGUGAUUGAAGAUGAGAAGGUCAUAUUUGAUCCAACUCCCAUUCCAGUGAAUGACUUACCAAUUCACCUUGAACCUCUUUAGAUUUUGUAUCCUUUGUAGUAGCAAAACUUGUUAAUUUCUUGUAAUGAAAUAAAUUCUGAAUUUUAGUAAGUUAAAAAAUAUAGUGGUUCGAGUAUAAGAUUUAUGUUUACAGACUGUGAUGAAAUGAAAAAGUGUGAUAUAAUAUUUUGGAGCUCUUAAAACCUAAUUAUAAUGUAUGUCCUAAAAUU